AUGGCCACCCCUCGGCUGUGGCCAGCCCGGGCGCACCCGGCAGCCCUCCUCCGCCCGAUGCUGGUCGUGGUGGCGCUGCUCGCCCUGCUUGCCAAGUCCUCGCAUGGAUCCAACACAUCCGGGCACUUCAUGCACCAGGCUCCCUUUCCCCUGUCGACCAGCACCGGCUUGGUCGGAAUCUACACGCCGGCGGGCCAGCUCUCCCAGGUGGCCGUCUUCCCCAACGAGAACAGCUACCACUACCGGACCCAGGACGACUCGAUGACCGACUUCGAGGACUAUCGCCUGGGCAGCUUCUUCCACAAGUCCAGCACACCGAAACAACGUGUCGGAUACACGCCCGGUGACCUGGUGAGGAUCGUCAUCGCCGAGGUGCCCGGGUCCAGCGACCCGGCCGUGGUCAUGUUCUUCACCACAUCGGCCACCCUCUUCCAGGGGACCUAUCGACUGUCCUUCCCGGAUUCGGCCCGCAUCCAAGCGGUCCAGGCCCAGACCAUGGACCAGGUGUACCUCAUGGGCGCGACGCCGGACACCUCGGCGCCCGGCUACUCGGAGCCCUACUUGGCCCUCAUGAAUCCCACCUACCCGACGAUUCUGGAUACCACCCUGCCGAUGCUCCGGGAGCCGGUGAGCAUUUCCCCCGGCACCGGCCGGGGCUUCUACCUGUCCAGCGAGCGGGCCCUCUACCAUGUGGUGCAUGCCGGGCCCCUGGACACCGACCCGGUGACCUACACGACCCAGUCCCGGCCGGAGGCCAUCCUGUACAUGAUCACCACGCGACUGCUCAGCCGGAAGGCCGACUGCCCGGGCUCCCUGGACAUGGUGCUCCUGCUGGCCAAUGGCGAUGUGGAGGUCUUCUCCUGCUACGACCCGGCCGGGGCCAACACCCCGACGGUGGUCUUCCGCCUGCCGGAAGGGGAGCCCACCAAUGGCAUCCUCCUGGCGCCCCAGGCGGCCAGUCUGCAGGAGCCCACCCAGAGCCUCUUCUACCUGGUGCAGGGGGCCCCCGGCACGCCCAGCGUGGCGUGGAAAUUGAUCCACCUGAAUGGCAGCCUCACGUGGGAGAAGCACCGCCUGGACCAGGUGGACGUGUCCAAGGUGGAGCUGGCCCUGCUGCGCAUGGGCCCGUCGGGCGCCGACGCCCGGUGGAUGCUGACGCACCAGCACCAUGUGCUCCUCGACCAGGCGUCCUUCGGGUGCACCACCGACAGGACCAUCCGCUGUGCGGACGCCAGCCGGGCCAGCCUCGACGCCUCCGGCAGCUGGCAAUGCGCCGACGGCCAUGUCCUGUCGCCCCUCGUGUCGGAGAGCCACCUGUGCGCCGGCUGCGACAACGGCAUGUACCUCGAUCGUCCGGACGGACUGGCGCCCUUCGAGUCGACGACGCACGCCUGCAAGCCAUGCCCGCAGGAAAAUUGCGCCACCUGCAACGCCGACCAUUGCCUCGUGUGCAAGGCCGGCCAUGUGCCGGAGUACCACGACAUCAGCGGGCCGAUGGCCUGCGUGGCCCAAUGCUCGGAAGGCUACAGCUUGAGCGCCAGCGUGUGCCUGCCCACCAACGCCCCCCGGUCGGGGGUGGCCUUCAAGGAAUUCAAGACCCUCGGUUACAAGCCGGGCCCCGGGGUGCCGGGCAUUGUGGGGUUCUACCGGUCGCGACUGGGCGUCAACCCGGCCACCCACCUGGCCACCAUCCCGGCGGCCGACGGGUCGACCCCCCCGCCGGACAAUGUGCUCCUCCUGCGGAACAACAACAUUCCCUUCCUGGUGGAGGCGAACCAGGUGCACACCAUCACCACCACGGAGCCGGACCAUGUGGCCCUGCUGCAUGGCAGCGCCUUCGGCCCCGAUGAGCAUGUGGUGCACAUGGCCGAGGUGGGGCCCUUCACCGUGGGCAGCACCCUGCGCAUGGGGCUGCUCAUGCGGCUGAACACCGGGGCCCUUUUCCACGGGUGGCUGGCGUGCCCGGCGCCCGGGCCCUGCGACGUGGCCGGCCCCCUGAGCCCGACCAACAUGCAGAUGGCCAUCCGGCAGGGGUUCACCCAUUUGCCGGACGGCCGGGUGUCCGCACGCGGCCCCGGCAGCUCGACCGUCAUCUUCACCCCGGACCCGGCCAACCAGGCCUUCCAUGUGCAGACGUACCCGGACGUGGAAAUCCUGGUUUCGCUGGCCGAGACGCCGGGGCACCCGGCGCGGUCGACCCCGGCGGCCGGCGAGUGGGCCGUCAUCCAGAGGAACACCGGCGAACUUUCCCUCUGGCCGACCGGGCUCGAUCUGCAGGACUCGCGUGUGGCCACCCUGGCCGGGAAGCUGGCCCAGCGGGAUCCGGCGGUCAAUGCCCAGGUGACGCUGAUGCCGCGCGGGGGCGGACGCCAGCCGGAGCUGGUCGUCAGCCUCGUGGAGGACAGGGCAUGGACGGCCUUCCGCAUGCCGAGGGACAUGGUGUCCGGCGGCCGGACCACCCUCCUGCCCGUGCAGGAGCAACGCCUCCUUUACCCGAUGCCCAACCCCAUUGGCAUGGUCAAUGAUUUGACCAUGCGCGCGCAGGCGCUGCCCUUCCCCGAGGGCGGCUUGGAGUACCCGAGCAUCCUGCUGAUGAUGUCCGCCGAGAUGGUGGCGCUCGCGGUGCUGCACUGCCCGCAGGAUGACGGCCCCUGCAAGCUGAAGCUCGGGUCCUCACUCUCACGGGGCAUGGCCACGAACCCGAGCCUGCGGUCGUGGGAUUCGGUGGAGCUCCUGGACCCGGCCGGGCCGAGGGAGCUGGCCCGGGUGCUGGCCUUCGAAGAGGCCGGCGGCCUGAUGAUCAUGGCGGUGGGCGAUAACUGCCUCGCCGGCAGCUACCCCCGGGGGUUCGAAUGCGAAGCGUGCGACCCGACGUGCGCCACGUGCGACGCGGCCGGGCCCGGGAACUGCACCAAAUGCAAGACAUGGAUGCCGGACCAGCCGAACGUGUGCCUGGCCACCUGCCCGGCCGGGUGGUUCUCCGACACGCCCGGGUACGCGUGCGCGACCUGCCACCGGGACUGUCCCACCUGCAAGGGGAGCUCCUCGGUCGAAUGCACCUCCUGCCACCCGGGGCUCUUCCUCAAUACGACCGGCGCAUGCAGGGAAACCUGCAAUGGGUCGACGCUGAAGUGCGAAGCGGAGGGCCGGUGCGCCCCCUGCUCGAACGGCUGCGUGCAGUGUGUCUUCUCGUCGAGCCUGUCGCCGGCCGGGCUGGCCGGCGCCACGGCGGCCGGGCCUUGCGACACGACCUGCAUCAAGUGCAAGCCCAAGGUCCUGCUGUCGGAGGAGGGCCUGUGCUUGGACAGCUGCAAUCCCAAGUGCGACGCCUGUGCCGGCCAUGUGGACUUCUGCUCCAGCUGCGCGAAUUAUGCCUUCAUCCUGCCGGAGAGCGGCGACUGUGUGGCCUCCUGCCCGGCGGGCCGGCCGCAGUUCGGCAUCGACCGCGUGUGCCUGCAGUGCGUGGACAAUUGCGCGGCCUGCACCGCCCCGGGCACCGAGUCCGGGUGUGUUCGCCGCCCGGACGGGGCCUGGAACUGCCCGACGGUGCCCACCUGUGACCGGUGCGCCAGUUCGCAUCUCCUGCUCGAGGGGACUUCCUGCGUGGCCGCCUGCCCGGCGAAGUACUUUGCCGAUCAGGCUGCCGGCCUGUGUCGGCGCUGCCACGCGGACUGCGACGCGUCCUGCACCGGCCCCGGGGCCGAUGACAGCCCUACCAGCGGCAGUGGCAGCAGCCCUACCAGUGGCAGCAACAGCAGCCACGCCAGCGGCAGCAAGGACACCUCCGGCCGCAACAAGAAGCUUGCCCUCGGGCUUGGCCUGGGACUGGGACUUCCUGUGCUGAUUAUUCUGCUCGUGCUGUUGGGCAUGUGGAUUAUCGCCCGGAAGCAGACCCCGCAGAAGGGCGGUCCGGUGGAGAUGGAUGUCAUCUCCUAA